AUGAAUGCUUCGUGCUGUCUGCACUCAGCUCAACCAAUGCUGCCUAACAGCUCAGAGCACGUCGCUGCCCCUUCCUUCAGCAACCAGAGCAGCAGCCGCUUCUGUGAGCAGGUCUUCAUCAAGCCCGAGGUCUUCCUGGCCCUGGGCAUCAUCAGCCUGCUGGAAAACAUCCUGGUCAUCCUGGCCGUGGCCAGGAAUGGCAACCUGCACUCCCCCAUGUACUUCUUCCUCUGCAGCCUGGCCGUGGCCGACAUGCUGGUGAGCGUGUCCAACGCCCUGGAGACCAUCAUGAUCGCCGUGGUCAACAGCGACUACCUGAGGUUGGAGGACCAGUUCAUCCAGCACAUGGACAACGUCUUCGACUCCAUGAUCUGCAUCUCCCUGGUGGCCUCCAUCUGCAACCUCCUGGCCAUUGCUGUUGACAGGUACGUCACCAUCUUCUACGCACUCCGCUACCACAGCAUCAUGACCGUGAGGAAGGCACUGGCCCUGAUCGUGGCCAUCUGGCUGGGCUGCGGCAUCUGCGGUGUGGUGUUCAUCGUCUACUCCGAGAGCAAGAUGGUCAUUGUGUGCCUGGUCACCAUGUUUCUUGCUAUGCUGCUGCUCAUGGGCACCCUCUAUGUGCACAUGCUCCUCUUCGCCCGGCUGCAUGUCAAGCGCAUCGCCGCGCUGCCACCGGCUGAUGGAGCGGCCCCGCAGCAGCACUCCUGCAUGAAGGGGGCGGUCACCAUCACCAUCCUGCUGGGGGUCUUCAUCUUCUGCUGGGCCCCCUUCUUCCUCCACCUCAUCCUCAUAAUAACCUGCCCCACCAACCCCUACUGCGUCUGCUACACUGCCCACUUCAACACCUACCUGGUCCUCAUCAUGUGUAACUCUGUCAUCGACCCGCUGAUCUACGCCUUCCGGAGCCUGGAGCUGCGCAACACCUUCAAGGAGAUCCUCUGUAGCUGCAACAGCAUGAACUUGGGAUAA